GGCGACGAACAAGACACAGAGGUUGGUGUGAGCGUGAAGAAAGCGAAAGCCAGCUUCGCAGGUUCUAGACCACCGAACACAGCGGCUCCGCUCAGCGCAAGCCGGCACCCGCAUUCCUCCUCAGAUUCGCUGGUUCUGUUGGGCGGAAUGGGGGGCGGUGGAUCCGGAUCUUUCCUCAAAGUCCUGGUCAAUAACCUGGAUGUUCUCGCCGGGCCUCUAGUUUCACUUGCAUAUCCUCUGUACGCCUCUGUUAGAGCAAUUGAAACAAAAUCUGCUGUAGAUGAUCAGCAAUGGCUCACGUACUGGGUGUUGUACUCAUUUAUCACUCUAUUUGAGCUCACCUUUGCUCCAGUACUAGAAUGGCUUCCUUUCUGGUCUUAUGGAAAAUUGUUUUUCAAUUGCUGGUUGGUGUUACCACAGUUUAAUGGCGCUGCACAUGUGUAUGAGCAUUUUGUGAGGCCAAUGAUUGUAAAUCAGCAAGUUGUAAACAUCUGGUAUAUUCCAAAGAAGGGUGAAUCAGAGAGGCCUGAUGAUGUGAUUUCAGCUGCACAAAGAUACAUUGAGCAAAAUGGGUCAAAAGCAUUUGAGAAUCUUGUUAACAAGUUUAAGACUUCAAACCCAAGACGGCCAAUACUGGAGGAGGUAGAGGUUGAAAGGAGAGCCAGGAUUCAACGAGAAUCGGAAGCAAGGGAAGUUAAUCCCUUCUUCAAUCCAGAUUACCGAUACUAGGCAGCCCCUUUGCUUUCAGUUGCCAGUUGGGAACUGAAUGCAGGAAUCUGUAGGAUCAGUUUGAACUUUGAAGGAAGAUGUCUGGACAUUAGCACUGUAUUUUGCACCUACUGGAUCAAAUAAUAUUGUGUAGCUGGACAAACAUGAUUGUUGUAAAUAUGGUCUAGCGUUCAAACUCCUUUGACUGGUCAUGUCAUGAAUCUUUCAUGAAACUGAAAAUUACGUAUUCAGUAUUCAUGCCACCAAAGACUAGGUUUGUGAACUCGGUGGUUCUAUGGAGGUCGUUCAUGAUCCGGUGGAAAAGUUUGGUCUUCCGUUA